AUGUCUGCUAAUGAGGAAGCUGAAUUGAUAGACUUGUCCCUUCUUUUGAGUGACUUUGGGGUCAGCGAAGGUCCGGAUAAAUGGGUUUGGAGUCACGAUCAGUCUGGAUUGUUCUCGGUGGCUAGUAUUAAACGGGUAGCGGCGGCGGCUCAAAGCUCGGUUCCGGCUAACUUAUUUCUUUGGAACAACCUUGUACCAAAAAAGGUUGGUGUUGUUGCUUGGCGGGCGUUAGCGGAACGUCUUCCGACUAAACUAGCCUUGGCUCGUAGGAACAUUAACAUUGGUGAUACUAGAUGUAUCUUUUGUGGUGAUUACGAGGAGUCUUGCGAACAUCUUUUCGUUUCGUGCCAGUUCACUCAAUCCAUCUGGAUCGUUAUGGCGCAGUGGUGCAAGAUUCCCCCCAUCUUAGCGUUCUGUAUUAAAGAUUUACUGGACUUUCAUCUGCAUAUGCAAGGUUGUAAUAAUAAGAAAAAGAAGGUGCUAAACGCCAUUGUUCAGGUUGUUAUUUGGAGCGUUUGGAGAAUGCGCAAUGAGGUUAUUUUCGGGCAGGCGGUUCCUUGUAUCUCGAAGGUGGUUGAGGAGUCCAAGUCGAUGUCAUACAACUGGAUAAAAAAUCGCUCGAGGUCCUCGCAUUGGUCCUGGAACGACUGGCGGGCUUUCUCCAUUAGUUGGUGA